GCGUGCGGCCGCGCGGGAGCGUGGGAAAAAGCCGUAGAGCUCCACGACCACAUGAAGGCCAAGGGCAUGGGCGCGAACACGAUCACGUGCAGCGCGCUCAUAAACGCGUGCGGGAAGAGCCGGCAGUGGAAGAAAGCGCUGGAGGUGUUUGAAGAGAUGCGCGCGGAGGGCGUGGAGGCGAACAUAUACACCUACUCCGCGCUCAUAUCCGCGUGCGCCAAAGGCAAGCAGCUCGACAAGGCGCUCGAGAUCUUCGAGCUGUGCAAGGUGAACGGCGUGGAACCGGACGGGAUCACCUACGGCGCGAUGAUCAGCGCGUGCGAGAAGGGCCGACGCGUGGACAAAGCCCUGGAGAUCUUCGUGCAGAUGAAAAAGGCGGGAAUGGAGGCGAACGCCAUCACGUACAACGCGCUCCUCGCCGCGUGCGAACGCGCGGGCAAGGCGGACGACGCACGGGAAGUCUUCGACGACAUGAAGCGCGAUGGAAUCAAACCCGAUAGGGUCGCGCACGCCGCGCUCAUCGGCGCGUGCGUCGGCGAGGAGCGGUAUCAAGCCGCGAUCGACGCGUACAAGGCGAUGAAGAUUGAC